AUGUUUUCUACGUAUGCAAUUGCAGGCGGUCUUGUGUUCAAUGGCCCAACUAGUCAAAGUAAUAUGUUUCUUCCACGACCUUCUUGCUCUUCAAAGAAAUGCGCUAAUAUUUUAAUCACUCCCUCCAAACUACGCUUCAUUGCAAAAAGAACGGUUGAUUAUAUUCUGGGAGACAAUCCCCUAAGAAUGUCAUACAUGGUGUGGGAUGGUGCAAAGUUUCCACAGCAUAUUUAUGACCGAGGAUCAUCGUUGCCUUCAAUUUAUGGCCAUCCUAAGACCAUACAAUGCAACGAUGGAUACAACAGCUCGCUUAACCUGAACUUCUGGUUGGAGCAGUUGCGGGAGGGCCCGAUGAGAAUGACAAAUUUACAUUCAGAGCCGACUACUUACAUUAACGCUCCACUGGUUGGAUGCCUCGCCUAUCUAGCUCGGUCCUAG